AAUUGUUGGGCUGUCGACGCUUGUAAAGUCGCGCGGAGAUUAUGGCCUUUAUCCCCGUGGCCCAGGCUCCGCUGCCUCUUCCCCCUCCUCGUCCAAUUUACCUUCGACAGCACUUUUAACGAGAGUCAUGAAUCCCCCAAUAAUCCCAUCGCCACAGGCUACCGAUUAAUCCCGAGAUGGAGCAGUCGCCUCAGCCGUCGUCGUUGAGGCGAGGCAAAAAGGCCUGCACGGAAUGCAGACAACAGAAGGCCAAAUGUGAUGCGUAUUUGAAUCCCGAUCAGCCUUGCAGCCGGUGUCUCAAGGUCAAAACACAAUGCAUCGUCUCAGAUCCAUUCAAGAGAGAACAUAAACGCCAGUAUGUCUGGUUCUAUCACCCCAUUUCUCGAGGGCUUCUUCUUUGGUUUCCGUUUGCUUGUUGUUCCUUAUAUUUUGAUUCUUUUUGUCUUCGUGGUUCUUUUCAUCUACUUUGCUUCUCUUCACCAUUAGCUGAUGUGUUGAUCAACCGAACAAGACGCCUCUCUGAGCUAGAGCACGAGACAGACGAACUGAGACGAAAACUGAGAUCUUCUGCAUCAACCGAUCCCCACCCUUCGCCCAUUGCUCUCUUGACGGCUGCAGCGGAGAUGGGCGUGCAUUCCGAAAGUAGCGGGGGCGAUCUACAACUCUCUACUCCUCCAAACCAUCCCCAGGCCUCUUCUUAUCCCCAACAACUACUAUCUCCAGGUUGUUCGGAUCCAUCAUUGGGCCGUGUAGAGACACCAACAGACCGUGUCGCAGACCCAACUAUAUCUCGAACUCUGAACAAUAUCGAAGUGACCGGGGAGGAAAUCGAUGAGAUGUUUCAUUUAUUCUUCAACCGCUAUGCACAACUGUUGCCCAUUCUUGACCCUCGAACUACUCCCAAUUCCUACUACACACAGUCUGCUUUUCUUUUCUGGGCCAUGAUAGGUGUUGCGUGCCGUACAUACCCAAGGAACCCGACUUUGUUGACAGCCCUAUCCCGUAGCAUUACCGAUAUGGCCUUGCUUUCAGUUGCGUCAACAUCAUCACCCUGGCACACCAUACAAGGUCUAUUGCUUAUCCUCACCUGGCCGUUCCCGAAAGAUAGGUCCAGACCAGACGUGACAUUUCCAUUGAGUGGGAUGUUGCUACAUACCGCCAUGCAAAACGGAAUACAUAUCCCUAUGUCUAGCCAUGAAUUCUCGAAAGUCAAAAUACCUGCACCUUCUGAGACGGACAUGAUCAAACGCUCAGAGCUUUGGGCACACUGUGUUAUCGUCUACCAACGUGCUUGCGUGUCAAAGGGACAGUCUGCUCGCACUCUCGCAAACUUGGAGCAGGGUCCAGGACAAAGUCAAUUAUUAUUCCAGAAAAUUGCACCAUCGCUCGCACUCAAAGUCAAGUGUCAAGAGAUCCUUUCUCGGUGCAGCGCAGCAGUACUUGAAAACGGCGUGCGAAAUAUGUCUUUGGAUCAAGAACGUGCCUUGGAUAUCCUAAUUAGAGAGUUUGAAAAUCAGGCCACCGAUCUUGAGACACAGAUAACCUCCGAGGAUGACAGAUUCCACACAACACUUUGUCGUCUCAGCAUGCAAGUCUACCACUUCUUCAAAAACCAUACUAUUGCUUCUACCGGCUGUCUUCCUCGACUUCUUUCUACGGCCUGUACUGUGGUUGAUUCUAUUCUCACUUUGGGCGAAAGACUCGAUGAUCUUUCAACGGCCCCCGUACAGGUUAAUUUUGGGUUACUGGUUGCCUCCGUAUCUCUGCUCCGGAUAUUAAAGAGCUCUGCAUCUCACACUCUAGAUCAUGAGAAGGCAAGGUCCUCGUUCUUCACGGCCAUAAAUCUGACCAAACAGAUGUCAAUCGAGAGCAAUGACGUACCUGCUAAAACAGUCAUUGUUCUGAAUCAACUUUGGAAUAGCUCCAAGGCGUUCCGCAAGUCUGAUGGUAGCGAGUACACAGCACUCCGAAUUCGAAGCCGUCUCGUGUUCAGCGUCGUAUUAGAUGCAGUCUGGUGGUGGCGAGAUGAAUUUGAUGCGCAGUAUCGGGCCAUGGUAGUUCCACAGGAGGAAGCAGCCGACGGUACUCCGACUACUUUUGCAUGUUCUGUACAUGAUUGCUCAUUCAUUCCUUCAGGAAUUGACCCCGGCCGCGAAAACCCCGGGGCUGCUACCAGUGCGGCAGUCGGUUCCAUCGAGCGACAGGAGCCCAUCCGUUUUGAUGACCAGUUUUUGGCUGACUUCGAGUGGGCUCUGGGUGAUGAUGGAAUAUUUCCCCCUACAGAGCCUUAUUCCUCGACAUUUUCAUCUACUGGAAUUCUCUUGUAGGUCUCGAGUCGCCGAAACCACAGAGGACUAGCAUCCGACUCGAUCCUGGUGCUAUGAUACCACGAAUUUCACCAUCUUUCAUCUUUGCUUCAUGUUGAAGUUCACGCUAUGUUUCCACAAGAUCUAUCAAUCUCGUCCAUAUAAGAAAACUCCUCAGGAGAAUCUUAGAAACUUUGGCGCGCUUUUUACCCCUGGGUGCCACUGUUGGGAGCAGCAUCAACCAGAGCUUGGUCUCUAGAAUCUAAGGCUUCUAAUUUGCUGAGAUAGAUUAGCUGACACAGUCAUGACUGAGAUUGGUAUCUCGUUGGUUUUACAGGGAUCGUUUGAAGAUAAAAGCAUCUUGGCUCAUUGGCUUUGAACAGACGGUCAGCCUCUAAUUCGUUCUUCGAAAAUCAAUAAUAAU